GGCCUGUGCUGCAGGUAGCGGCGGAGGAGCCGAGCGGGCGGCCGGGCGAGGCGGCGGCGGCGCGGCCAUGCACUUCUCCAUCCCGGAGACCGAGACCCGUGCCGCGGACGGCGGCGGCGGCGGCGGCGGCGCAGCCUACGUGGCCUACAGCGUCCAUGUGAACGGGGUUCUGCAUUGUCAAGUGCGCUACAGCCAGCUCCUGGGCCUGCACGAACAGCUAAGGAAGGAAUAUGGUGCUAACGUGGUACCCGCCUUUCCUCCAAAGAAGAUCUUUGCUCUCACGCCAGUGGAGGUGGAGCAGCGGCGGGAGCAGCUGGAGAGGUACAUGCAGGCUGUACGCCAGGAUCCCUUACUGGGAAGCAGCGAGAUCUUCAACAGCUUUUUGCGCAAAGCCCAGCAGGAGACGCAGCAGAUCCCCACUGAGGAGGCGCACCUGGAAGUGAUGUUGUCCAAUGGGCAGAAGGUGACGGUCAGCAUCCUCACCUCAGACCAGACGGAGGAUGUCCUGGAGGCUGUGGCCUCGAAGCUCGAUCUGCCGGAGGACUUGAUCGGCUACUUCCAUCUCUUCCUGGUGCGAGAAGCAAAGGACGGAGCCUUUUCCUUCAUCCGGAAGCUGCAAGAGUUCGAGCUGCCGUAUGUUUCAGUCACCAGCCUCCGCAACCCUGAGUACAAGAUCCUUUUCCGGAAGAGCUACUGGGACUCCGCCUACGAUGAAGAUGUCAUGGAGCAGCGGGUGGGACUGAAUCUGCUGUAUGCCCAGACCGUUGCAGACAUUGAGCGGGGCUGGAUCCUGGCCAACAAGGAGCAGCACCGUCAGCUGAAGUCCCUGCAGGAGAAGGUCUCCAAGAAGGAGUUCAUCCGCUUGGCACAGACUCUCAAGUAUUACGGCUAUCUCAAGUUCGACCCGUGCAUCACAGACUUCCCCGAGAAGGGCUGCCACGUCAUUGUUGGCGCAGGGAACAGUGAGCUGAACUUCCAGGUCAAGUUGCCCAAUGACCAGAUCAAGGAGGGGAGUUUCAAGGUGACCCGCAUGCGCUGCUGGCGGGUUACUUCCUCUGUUCCUGUGCAUAAUGGGACAUCUGGCGCCCCUGCUGGCAAGUCAGAGGUGAAGCUGGAACUUGCCUUUGAGUACCUGAUGAGCAAGGACCGCCUGCAGUGGGUUACCAUCACCAGCCCCCAGGCCAUAAUGCUGAGCAUCUGCUUGCAGUCUAUGGUGGAUGAGCUGAUGGUGAAGAAGUCGGGAGGCAGCAUCCGCAAGAUGUUUCGCAGGCGAGCCAACGGACCCCUGCAGCAGCCAGGCAGCCAGCAGGCAGCGAAGUCUCCCCCUCUUCUGGAUUCUCCCGAUACCAGCAGGGAAUCCAUUGCCAAGGUCUCGAGCAAACUCAGCUCGGUCAGCCUGCGGGCCAUCAGCCAUUCCAGCUCCUCUGCGGAUACUGGGGCCAACGAUUUCCAUGGCAACUAUGCCUUCGAGGGCAUUGGUGAUGAGGACCUCUAGCCGCCCUGCCCUGACACAGCAUCGUGGAAUGUCCGAUCGCCUCCUGGUUGAUCUCCAUGUGCCUCAACCCCAGCCCGUCCCGCCGCCCAUCAGCAGGCAGGCGAGGCAGCAGCUGGCGGCUUCAGCUCCAUCCAUGCCAAGCUAGGGUAGUGGACUUUCAGGCCACAAGCAAGCAUCGCUCAGGCCCUUCCCACAGACUCCUGCGUAACUGCCAGGCUUGUAAUCUUGUUUCUCUUCCUGCCGUUUACAGCUGAACAUUAACGACUGUGUGUGAUAACGGUUGAAUAGAUCAUGACUGGGAAUAGGUACUGCUUUCCAAGCUCUCAUCAAGAAAAUGACAUAACUAUACCAGCCCGGGCACCCCAAAUAAAAACCUUUUCCUUUGGA